AUGGAACCACUUCAGGGGCUGCUACUGUGGUUGCUGCUGGGCUCGGCAGGGGUGUGGGCAGCCAGGCUGAGGCCGAUGUGUCGGCCGGUCAACGCCACUCUGGGGAUAGAGAAGGAGGGCUGUUCCGUCUGCAUCACCUUAACCACCACGAUCUGCGCCGGCUACUGCCCCAGCAUGACGCGGGUGCUGCCCUAUGGCCUGCCACCGUUGCCACAGCCCGUGUGCAGCUACGGCAAAACGCGCUACGACUCCAUCCGGCUGCCCAACUGCCUGAACGGCGUGGACCCCGUGGCCCACUACCCUGUGGCCCUCAGCUGCUGGUGUAAGCCCUGCAACUCCAACAAGCUGGACUGUAGGGCCCCCAAGGCCCCAUGGCCGACGUGUGGCGGAAGCCCAGUCGAAGGCUACCUCAACCCCUAA